AUGCCGUUCACACAUGCACCAUCGUUCAGAAUUGAAGAAUGUGAUCCGGGACUUUUCCUUGCCAUGACUGCUAUCGGUGCGGUUUACCGAUAUGAGAUGAAAACAGCAUAUAAUCUGUUCUAUGUCGCAAAAAGUAUUUUCCUAGACAAGCACCGUCACAGAGAAAGCAAUGACUUCACCAGAGUUAAAACUGGAAGGAAUAACGCCCAAGAGAUUCGCGGUCUACUCUGUCUCCUUACAAUGGCAUCCUGGCAAAAGGACCCGGAGCUGGAAAACGAAACCUUCAUGUUACAAAGCCUACUCGUCCACUCCAUGAGGGUGAGUGGCUUGGAUGACACUCUCAUCCAGGCUGGGGAUCUUGACUGGGAGACCUGGGCUCAGAAAGAAUCCGACAGACGGACAAAGCUACUUGUGUUUUGUUUUCUUAACAUCCAAAGCAUCGCCUACAAUCUACCUCCCGGUUUGCUGAGCAAAGAAAUCCGGCUACGGCUUCCUUGCUCAUGUCCGGAAUGGACCGCGGCAGAUGCAGCAACCUGGGAAAUGCUACAUCAGAACACCCCCAAUGAACAAGAGUAUUUUCACAUUGCUCUACAAAAUCUUUCAUUACCGGCAUCGGGAACUCGUGUCAAACCCUCAUUUACAUCGCCUGUUGCCAACUAUGUCCUACUGCAUGGUUUGAUCCAGUCCAUCAUUUGUACCCAGCAGAUUCUCCCCUUCCCAGGGCCAGUUUCAUCUUCAAAUAGUCAGGCAUUUUUCGAAGCUGCGCUUCGAAAAUGGACAGAAUCAUGGCAGAUUACCCCCGAGUCCAACCUGGAGCCGUUAGACCCCAAUGGACCAUUACCUUUUACGUCAAGCACAUUGCUGAGUCUUGCUUAUAUUCGCAAUUGUCUCGAUACAGGACGCUCGAAGGUUCUAUCAAGCUGGGAUCCCGUUAAAACUGCCUCUUUUCUACAUGAUUCGCCGCCUCUCAAGCACAACUGGCACGUGUUUCUGGCAGCAAUUCAUGCAACGCGGGUUUUAGGCACUCUUGUCAAGCUUGGUAUACGAUAUGUCCAGCAUAGCCAAGCAUCUGUCUGGAGCAUCGAAGAUGCUUUAUGCGGACUUGAAUGUGCAGUCUUCCUAAGUCAAUGGCUACGCGAAGUCGGUGACAUGACUCGUGCGAAUUCCGAGUCUGAAAACCAAAGGGUUCUUGUCAAAUGGGUUCGUGAAAUUGUGCAAGAAGCACUUGUCUCAAUUAGCAGCGAUCCACACUCCACGGUGCUCUCGACACCAGACGAAUUGGCUACCGAAGUCAUAAAGCUAUGGACACUCAUCAUGCAGGGCAGUUCUCCCUGGUCGUUUAUGGGUGCUGUUGCCGAUGUCUUGAUUAUAUAUGGAGGUGGUUUUACAUAG